CUUCAGCAAGAGGACUUUUUCGACCAAGACGAUUACUUGUUCGAUACUGCUCGAUCCAUUUAUGAUCGAAAUACCGAUUUCAUAUAUUCUAGGCCACGUUAUCAAAGGCGUGCUUUAUCGGAAACCAGACAACCUCUGAAUAAGCCUUUUCCUCAAAGCUCCACAAUGGAAAACAAUCAAAGUAACGAGCCUGAAAGUAGAAGGAACAGUGAAGAAAUUCACGAUGAUAGUUCCAAUAGUCGUCGCAGCAGUGCUUGGUCUCAAUUUUCAAAAAAGUUAAAAUUUAAAGGGUCUACUAGGGGGGUACAUAAUAAAGAACUAGAACUUUAUAAAUCUGUUUUCAGGCAACUUAGUUUAGAAAAUAUUCAGCCUAGUUCUCCUCCGUUGACUGCAAAUCAUAAUCCACCUCUUACGCCUGAAUUAUUCAACGAAAUUGUUAAUUCUGUAAAAGCCGCUAUAUAUUCAAAUAUUCAACCAACUAGAAUCAGUCAGGGUUCUUCCGGAUCUUAUUUCUGUCGUAAUACAGAUGGAAAAAUUGUUGGUGUUUUCAAGCCGAAAAACGAAGAACCCUAUGGUCGUCUUAAUCCUAAAUGGACAAAAUGGAUUCAUCGAAAUUUCUUAAUUCCAAAUCUUGGUUACGUUUCAGAAGCUGCUGCUUCUCUUCUUGAUCGUCGUUUAGACUUGAAUAUCGUUCCUCUCACUGAAGUCGUUUGGCUAUCUUCCCCAUCAUUUCAUUAUGAUUAUUUGGAUCGUCGUGCUGCUCGUUCAAAUAAAAAUCCAAAACCUUUGCCCGAAAAAAUUGGUAGCUUCCAAGUAUACUUGGAAGGUUUCAAAGAUGCUAGCAUAUUUUUGAGAGAACAUCCAUGGCCAGAAAGUAAUGGUCCUGUGAAUGAUAUAACGGGUAGUGAACGGCAUAAUAAAUCUUUAAGUCCAUUUACGUGUGGAAAAUCUAGUACGAUAGAUGAUGAAAAUGAUUUAUAUGAAUCUUCUCCACUUGGCAAACGUUUUUCUUGGACUCCGGAAUUGCAACUUCAAUUCAGGGAGCAAUUUGAAAAAUUAGUCAUUUUGGAUUAUUUAAUGAGAAAUACUGAUAAUUGGAUGAUCAAAUAUUGUGAUAAAGAUGAAAAUGAUUGUGCGAUAACUACCCCUCCAAAAUCAAAAGCUAUGAAAACACCAGAUGCUUUUUCAAAUCAUUCUACACAUUCUUCAACGUCUUUAAAAAGUCCUAAUUCAGUAACAAUGUUACCUUCUGUAAAUUCUACCGAUGAAAUUCAGCAUCCUCUUUCGACAAAUUAUCUUGACUCUGAUCAAUCAGUACUACCUUCUAAGUCAACAACAACUGAGCCUCCUCAGUCUACAUCUUCUAUUUUGAAUAAUACCGACAAUAUUGAUGCAAAAUCAUGUAAUAUACCAUAUCCACACAUUCAUGUUGCAGCUAUCGAUAAUGGAUUAGCAUUCCCUUUUAAACAUCCUGAUCAGUGGAGAUCAUAUCCGUACGGAUGGCUGUCCCUCCCUGAUGCUCUCAUAGGGCAACCUUUCACUACUAAUACAAGAAAUCAUUUUCUUCCGUUGCUUACAGAUCCAAUUUGGUGGAAAAAAACUGUAUCUGAAUUACGACAUUAUUUCCGUAGGGAUGCGGACUUUGAUAACGGUAUGUUUGCAAAACAAAUUGCGGUAUUGAAAGGUCAAGGGUGGAAUAUUGUAGAAACCCUUGUUCAGAGUGAUAAAGGUAUUAAGCACCUUUGUACACGCCGUAAUGUCGUGGUUUGGGAUGAGUUGGAAGUUAUUGAGAUUCCUGAAUGUCCAAGUGACGUCGCUAAUAGAGAUCAUAGUGAAUCUAAUAGGAUUGAGGAAGAGGAGGUGGAACACCCUUCUUCGGGAGUUGAUGAAAAACUUAAUCUUGAUAAUGUCGGCAAAAAAAGUAAGGCUUCAAUGGAUAGUAAAAAAACCAAAAAAGUUCUUGUUGAAAGAUUGGAAAUC